ACGCAUGGUGUGUAGACAUAUUUCUGGAAAUGUAGGCACAAUCAGAAUGUAGAGAAGAUCAGGAUAAAGGACCCAUGUUAGCACCAGGUAUAAACAGGGCUUGAGAGAGUGAGAGUAGAGAGAGUGAAUAAUCCACGGGCAUUUAUUUUUAGAAGCUCUCUCAGUCGCUACGCACUUCAUGUAGCCUACUACAACACAGCCCAUGUUCUUCUGGUCAAUAAUUUAAACGCGUUUGGUUCGAUGGAUUGGAACACAACACCCGAGCGCACAGCGUAAAGACGCGCAGGCCUAUCCCAUAGUGUGAUGUUUCAAGCUAUAUCCGGAAUUUGGAGAUGCCCACCUUUGCCAAUGAGGCAUCACCACUGCUCACAAGGAUCCCAUCCAGAGGAACCAUGUGUCCUGAUCCCAGGCUGCAUGGUCUCGGAAUACCAGGAAAAGUACCCUGCCUACUGCACCACUGUCGUUCGGGCAGCCAAGAAGCUGAAUAAUGAGUAUCAGCCACUGGAGGGAAGGAUAUCCAACAUGACCACUUUCAAGUCAGACUACGUGGCUCAUGAAGUGACCCAGAGGCCACCAAAGGUCACCAAGGUGUAUGAGCCACCUGACGGGAGAAUGAGACACAGCAGUACCUACACCAGGGACUACCCAACCCACCCGGUUCAGAAGCACAUCGUGACCAAGCCAGAGGUGUAUCAUCCACCCACAGCAAAGAUGGUUGCUCAGUCCUUAUACAAAGUCCUCUCUCUAUUAUUUCCAGGGGAAUUCCGAGCAUGGCACAACCAGAAAGUCCAACCCUACAGGACGUGUGACAACCUGAAGCUGAACGACAGCAAGUUCGAGGUGACCACCACCUUCCAAGACGACUACUGCUACAAGGGCCCGACCGAGGCCAGGGAGAGCUUCAAACCGGCCGCCGACACCCGGGAGACCCUGCCCUUCGACGGCGCCACCAACUACCACACGCAGUAUGUCCCCCACCCGGUCCAGCCCACGCAGCCCAAAGGGAAGGCUGUCUACAGGCCCACCAGCGCCCCCCUCAAUGGGGUCUCCACCUACAGGCAGGACUACCGGGGCCUGCCAGCCGAGCCCGCCAAGCCCUUUAGGGCAAAGGUGGCCUGGGAGAGCAGCCCGGCUGUAUUCCAGGGGACCAGUGAGUUCCGCGACCAGUACAAGGUCUGGCCCCUGCAGCCCAAGCACCAGCACCAGGCUGAGAAGUACUGCCCACCCGAGGGCACUAUGGUCGGUCUGUCCACAGCUCAUGCUGACUAUGUCGACCACGAGUGCCAGCAGCGGCCCCAGUCCGCCCGUCCCCCGGUCGAGGCCUGGGUGAAGGAGGCCAGGGAGCCCCUCCAGACCAGGUCAACCAUGAAGGAGGACUACCGGACCUGGGACGUGGUCCCCCCCCCCCCCAUGGUCUACGCAGAUGAGCUAGAGAAACCCAAGGGGGCUUUCGCCAACACCACCACCUUCCGCUCAGCAUACACGCCCAAGACGGCCCAGCGCGCCACCAGCUUUAAGCCCACCCAGAAGCUGCUGAGUCCCAAGGCCAUGGAUGAGGAAUCCAUCUAUCGCUCCACCUACACACCCAAGGAGAUCCCACCUUGCCCAGCCCGGGAUGGCUGUCCUCCUGGCUUUGAGUACAGCUCCAUGGGGGCUGGUGGACACAGGCUGUACCGGACCACCUCGGUACAGGAAACGGGGCUGGCCGCUGCAACGUCCGAUAAGCCCUCUUACUCCCACAGCAGGAAGAGCUGUAGGGUCCCCAGCCGAGCCAAGAGGGCGCCGUAGAGUCCCGACCACUGACCUGCACACACAGCUAGCUAGGGGGGUGUCUUAGAUUUAUAUUCAAAUAUAUUAAUUGACAAUUUAGAUGAAAUAAUCACAUUAAUGAGCACCUCAGGUAUUUUGUAUGAUCACUUACAUAAAAAAAAGCAUAAUCCUGA